AUGUCGGGCGAGGCGCAGCCUGGAGGCGCCGGGAACAGCGAGGUGCCCGAGGGGUGGUCGGAGGCGCAGGAGGGCAAGGCGAAGCUACUCCAGCGUGGCAAUGACGUCUUCUACAACCCGGCCAUGGCCGUCAACCGCGACAUGUCAAUCGCUGUGCUUCGCGAGUUUAUCAAGAUGCGCGACGAAGAGAUUCGUUCGGGCGCCCUGAAGCGGUGGAAGCGCAAGCCGCUCCACAAGGCGCAGCCGGGGGCCGGUGCGGGCGCAGAGGGCGGGUCCGCGGCCGCGAAGGAUGUCGCAAACGACGCGGAGGAGCUGCCGCUGCAGUUCAAGGCCCCGGGGGAGCCCAACACUGAUGUCAGGAUCUUUGAGGGGCUGGCCGCGACGGGGCUGCGGUCGCUGCGGUACGCGCUCGAGGUGCAGGACGGCGUCGAGGAGAUCGUCGCGAACGACAUGGACCCCGGCGCGGUCGAGGCCAUCCGGCAGAACGUCGCGCGGAACGGCGCGCAGGCGGCGGCGCGCAUCACCCCGUCCGUCGGCAGCGCGAGCGUGGUCAUGCUCUCCAACCCGCAGCAGUUCGACGUGGUCGACCUCGACCCGUACGGGUCCCCGGUGCAGUUCCUGGACUCCGCGGUGCAGACCGUGACCGACGGCGGGCUGCUCAUGGUCACCGCGACCGACACCGCGGUCCUGUGCGGCAACAACGGCGAGACGUGUUUUGCCAAGUACGGGGCCUACCCGCUGCACCGGUACUACUGCCACGAGCAGGCGGUGCGCGUGCUGCUGUCGUGCAUGGAGGCGCACGCAAACCGGUACAAGCGCCGCAUCGUCCCGCUGCUGUCGCUCUACAUGGACUACUACGUCCGGGUGUUUGUCCGCGUGUACACCUCGGCCAAGGACGUCAAAGACACCCCCAGCGACCGCCUGGCGUACGUGUACCAGUCGCAGAACUGCGACACCUUCCACCUCCAGCCCGUCGGCACGCGGACCGUCAAGGGCAGCUCGGUCAAGUACUCGGCAGGCCGCGGGCCCGCCGUGCCGCAAAAGUGCGACGUGUGCGGGUCGGGCUUCCUGUUCGGCGGGCCGAUCUGGGCCGCGCCGCUGCACGACAAGGACUUCGUCACGCGCCUCGGGAAGGGCGUCCGGGCCGCGGGGUCCUCGGGGCUCCACCUGUACGACUACGUGGAGGCGCGGCUGACCAACGUCGAGGAGGAGCUGAUCGACGUGCCGCUGUACAUCGACCUGCACCACAUCUGCGGGACGCUGAAGGUGACGCCGAUCAAGAUGGACACGUUCCGGAGCGCGCUCGGCAACGCCGGGUACCGCGUGUCGGGGUCGCACGCCAACCCGCUGGCGGUGAAGACGGACGCGCCGUGGGGGGUGAUCUGGGACGUGCUGCGGCAGUGGACGAAGGAGGCGGCGCCGGACAAGCAGUACGACCCGGACGGCGUGCCGGCGGCCAUUCUGAGCAAGCCGAUCGAGACCGCUGUGUCCUUCGCGCGCCACGUGCCGUCGCUGAGCAAAGCCAAGAUGAACAACGUGGGGCGCUUCCUUCCGAACCCAGACGAGAACUGGGGGCCGCAGCGGAAGCACGGGAAGGCGAAGAUCGGCGAGAGCGCGAAGGACAUCGAGCGUGCCGCGCAGGCGAAGACCGGGAAGCGCGGCGCCGGGGCAGACGGCGGCGGUGGCAAGAAACAAAAGCAGUGA